AUGUCCGACUCCCAUGAAACUACCUCCGCGUCCUCCAGUGACAGCACCGCCAAACCAGACCCAGCCAAGAAUCUCCAGGGCGGUGUUGGUUGGGGUGAUCGGACCUACAGAAAAGGAGGCUCUGAAGAUUUGCUGAAUGAGGGUCUAGGACAUGUCGCUGCUCAUAACCCUCGCUCCACUAUUGGCCAGUUCCUUGGCCUUCAGGAUCAGAAGACUCGAGCAGAGAAUAAGUUUCUGACUCGUGCAGAGCUUGCGGCUGCAAAUGUAAGACCUAUGAACGAUCACGGCGAGCCAACAUGUGAUACAGAGGACCACAGUUUCAUGGGCUCAAAGCCUGGUGCCUCGGAUACUUUGCCUGGUUGGGAUACUGUGAAAAAUAUAUUUGGAAGGUAA